ACCGUAAUUGUGACUUAUGUAGUUAGUAGUAUAAACAAAUAAUUUAACCUUUUAAUUCUUCUUCUUAUUGAAGUCUGGCUAGUCAUAGUUCCCCUUGAUUUAUUGUUGUUUAUAAUAAUACUAUUUAACGUCAAUAAUGUUACAACACCCUUUAGAAUCACUUGACAAUACUACUACAUGUCAAGAAAGUCGAGAUGAUAGUUUGGAUUCGUUUUCUCCAUUUAUAGUUGAUGAUGAUGAUGAUGUUGAUCUUUCAAGUUUUGAAAAAAGAGUGUCUCCUCCACCUCCUGCUAUUCAUAAUAACGAUAAUAUCGUUCGUGCUCAAAGCCCCUUUGGUCGUAGAUAUUUAAAACCAAUAAAUGGUAUUCAAAUAAAAGGAUUUGCUCGAUCAGCUCAAAGGAGAUCCUCUGUUUUAACUUUAGGCUCUAUUGAAAGACUUCAAAAUUUUUAUGCUAAAAAGGAAUUAAAAGUAAACAAAAUCGGUACUUUGGGCUUUCAACAAGAAACGUUUGUAGAGGAGCCAGAUAGUAUAGAGGAUCAAUUACCUACACCUCAAGAACCACCUCCAAGUUGGAUUGAUUUAAAUGUUGAAACAGACUUGGAUAUAUUACUCUCAUUAUGUUUUAAAGAUAUACAAACUACACUUACAAUAAUCACAUUAACUGAACCACUUGAUACAACACUACAUCCGGACACCUCUUUUCAAAUCUUACCUUUCUUACAAGCUGUAACAACCAUGUUAAGUUCUGUAAAAAAAUAUACAGUCAAUCGCCAAGAUCUAUCAAAUGAGGCUAUUAAUAAGCUUAGAUAUGCAUCCUUACAUUUAUUAGAAAUUAUCAAGGAGCUUGAAACAAACUAUCGUCUCAAGGAAGAAGAAGAAGAAGAAGAAAAAGGCGAUACAAAAGGUUUCCUUUAUCGAGCCUCUGAUUUUAAUAGGUUGGGAAAGGAAAGACAGGCUAUUCAUGAUUAUUUAAACGUAAUCGAAAAGUAUGCAUUUAACCCACCUCAUCAUAUUGGAAGCCCUCCAGCUCUUUUCACUCCAGAGAUCGAAACUUUGAUAGAAAAAAUGGGGAUUUUAAGUUUAACAAAAGAAGAGGAAAUAAAGACAUUUAAUAAUAUACCGGAAUGGCUGGAGAGAGGUUCCUUUGUAAAUAAUCCAAUAGGUAAGGUAUUGAAUAUGUAUGUAUAUAUAUAUGUGUGUAUAUUUUAAUAUUCAUACUAUACUGGAUAUAUAUAUAUAUAGGACGAUAUUAUGCCUUGAUCCUAGACAAUAAUCAAGAUCAGAAUAUUCCAAAUCCAGAUGAUAAUAAAGAGGCAUUUUUACGAUCCCUUUCGCAAUGAUGGUAUAGUGUUUUGUAAUG